AUGCCAUCCUGCUUCCUCUUCUCUCUGUAUCAGCCCUGCUCCCACCACCACUUUCUUCAAGUGGGCCCCGUCGUGACACCAUCAUCACCAACAACACCACCACCGCCAACAUGUCUCCUCAGAUGCCAUAGCAGACAUAAGAAACGCGAUGGGGAGUUGGAAUGGCCACAUGAUUCAACUCAUGUCAAAUCGCAGUUAGCUCAAUGUUUUAUUAAUGCUAUGGUUGGACCACGAUCAUGGACAGGACUGUUUACCCGCUCAAGCAACAAACGAAAUGAGAAGCAUGGUGACUACUCUUUGAGUCCUCUUCAGGAACAGAGACUUUUGAGGCUUCAAGCACGAUUACAAGUUCCUUUUGAUGAGAAUCGCCCUGAUCAUCAAGAAGCCUUGAAAGCAUUGUGGCGUGCUGCCUUUCCAGAUGUUGCUCUGCAAGGUUUAAUUUCUGAGCAAUGGAAAGAGAUGGGGUGGCAAGGUUCUAACCCUUCUACUGACUUUAGGGGUUGCGGUUUUAUCUCCCUAGAGAACUUGCUGUUUUUCGCCAGGACUUAUCCGGUGUCUUUCCGUAGGUUAUUGUUCAAGGAAGAUGGGAAGCGAGCAACUUGGGAAUACCCUUUUGCUGUUGCUGGAAUAAACAUAUCAUUUAUGCUGAUUAAAAUGCUGGAUCUUUGCUCAGCAAAACCAAGGUGUCUUCCAGGAAUAAAUUUCGUGAGAUUAUUAGGAGAAGAUGAAGCCGCUUUUGAUGUACUAUACUGUAUAGCUUUUGAAAUGGUUGAUGCUCAGUGGCUUGCAAUGCAUGCGUCCUACAUGCAGUUUAAUGAUGUUCUACAAGCAACAAGGACGCAGCUGGAAAGAGAGCUGUCUUUAGAAGAUACUCAAAGAAUACAUGAUUUACCAGCUUACAAUCUUUUGUACCAGUAG